UUUACCAAUGACGACACGUAUUGUUUAGAAUUUGAAAGAAAAUUAUAAUUUUUUGCCCUAAUAUAAUUCAUCAAAAUGAAUGAGUUAAUAAGUUACAGCAUAAAUAAAAAGGCGAAAAGUGUUGAAGACAAAUUCUGUAUUACUUGCCUUAGGAAAAAUUUACCGCUGGUGGACUUGAGUUCCUGUGAUCACGCAGAAAUUUUAAACUUAUUGGAAAUUAAGAUGUUUCAGCUUAAUAGCCUUAUGUGCCUCUGGUGCCACAAUACUGUUAAGAAAAUCCAUGAUUUUAAAAUUCAAGCACUGAAUAGCUAUAAUAAAUUAAAUAAUGAGUUAAGGAAAAAUGCAAACAACUACCUACAAAAUUUAGAAUUUUCAAAAAUAGAACUGCAAUCAACCAUCAAGUCACAACCAAUACAAAUAGAAACUAUUGACCAUAGAGUAAUAAAUGAAAUUGUAGAAAACAAAAUAACAAUUGAAAUUAAAAAUGAGCACCAAGAUGUUCUUGAUUUUGAUAAUGACAUGCCAUUUGUUGAAGUCAGUGAAAAUGUAAAAAAUUUUGAAACUACAGAUGAGUCUUUAGUUAGUAAUAAAAUAUGUAUCAUACAGAAUAAUGAAGCAACAGACAAAACGGUACAGAUUAAAAAACGGACACAGAGUAAAAAAAAGAGUAAUGAAAUUACACAGAUUAAAAAACAGACAAAGAGUAAGAAAAAUUCAGAAGAACCAUUACCAGUGCCAAUAAAAAAGUCCAAAGGUAGAUGCGGGAUGUGGUAUGAGGAUAAAAUUAAACCUGUCCUUCUAUCCAUAGAGGAAAUGUUAAAUGGGCGACAACUGAGUGCUGCUAAUAGUAAAUAUUUAAAACUGCCAUACAGAUGUGAGAAAUGCAUCACAGGGUUUGACCAUGAGUUGACUUUCAAUGAGCAUAUGGAGCUGAGGCAUAAAAAGACAGAGGGAGGCCUUGUGUGUAAUAUUUGUGAAUCGGUUCUUAAUACAAAGAUGUCAUAUGAGGUGCAUUAUAAUAAACAUUUUAGAAGAUAUGAAUGUGUGCAGUGUAAAGAAAGGUUCACCAAUGCAUACUCAGCUCUGAGACACUACAAGGAAACGCAUGGAAACAUUGACUUGAAAUAUACAUGCAAACAAUGUGACUUUACCUCUGAAUCGUACCGAAGUUUGAAAUACCAUAGAGACAAACACCAUAGAGGCAAAGCGGAGUGCCAGCAGUGUGGGAACACCUUUGCUAACAAAAAUGGACUACGCUCGCAUAUGUUGAUCGUCCACAAACAGUCCAACCGUGUAUACGCCUGCGGGGCGUGCACCAAGGUGUAUCGCACUAAAGUGGGUCUCAAGUCGCACGUCAGGCUAACGCACGAGCAGAGCGACCCGCCCGCGUACUGCGCCGACUGUGACCUCACGUUCCGCACCGCUGCCGGCCUCAGGAACCAUUUGAGGCUCACAGAGAAACACAACGAGCACAAUAUUAAGAGAUUCACGUGCGACGAAUGCAACGACAAGUUCCGGACGAAGCGACAACUGCAGGAACACAUCGACUGGGUGCAUAGACAGUGCACCAUUCACACUUGCAGCGAGUGCUCUAAGUCAUUCAAAAGCGAAAGGUCACUGAGACGCCACAUUCAGUUCGUUCACGAAAAGGUUCGUCGACCAAGAGACAAAAUAUGUGACCACUGCGGUAGAGACUUUAAUUCAAACGUCGCUUUAAUAACACACAUAAGGUCACACACCGGCGAGAGGCCGCUGAAAUGUGCGCACUGCGCCGCCACUUUCGCGCACAGUGGCGCCCUCUACACGCACAACAAGCUGCUGCACAAGAAACGACAACCUGUCACUGCUUCUAUCAAAAUGGGUGACUUUUUGGAGGGAAACUCGUCAAGUUACAGUUUAAAUGAAAACACGACAAGAUUAGACGAAAAGUUCUGUAUUACUUGCCGUAAAAAAAAUAUUCAAUUCGUCAAUUUGAGUUCUUGUGAACACGGACUAUUGCUGGUUAAUUUGUUGGAAAUUAAGAUGUUAAAACUGAACAAUGUAAUAUGUCACUGGUGCCAUAACAUACUGAAGAAAAUUAAUGAUUUCAAAAUGCAAGCAAUGGAUAGCUACAAUGUACUUAAUAGUGUGUUCUCAUACUCAGCAAACAACUACCAGCAGAAUCUAGAAUUUUCAAAAAUAGAACUAAAUUCAACUGUCAACUCUCUACCAAUAGAAUUUGAAACCAUAGAUCACAGAAUAACAAACUCAUUCUUGGGACCCAAAAUUGAAAUCAAAAUUGAACAACAAGAUUCAGAUUUCGAAAAUGAUUCACUAUUUCUUGAGACAAAUGAAAAAAUAGAUAGAGAAACAAAUCAUUCAAGUAAUAAAACAACAGAAGCGAUACAGAUUAAAAAACGAACACAGAGCAAGAAAAAAAGACAGACAUCAAUAAUCAAUGCACAGAGUAAUAAAACAAACUCAGUACAGAUUAAAAAUCAAACACAGAGCAAGAAAAAACCACAGACAAAAAAGCCCAGAGAGGUAAACGGUAUGUGGUAUGAAGACAAAGUUAAAAUUGUGGUUUUGUCUCAACAAGAGAUGUUAGAUGAUCGUAAAUUGGACGCUUUGAAUAAUAAAUAUGUGAAUUUGCCAUACAAAUGUGAGAAAUGUAUCACAGGUUUUGAUCAUGAAUUGAUUUUGAAAGAGCAUAUGGCGAAAAGGCAUAAGAAGGAGGAAGGUAGCCUCAUAUGCAACAUCUGUGAAUCAGUUCUAAACACAAAGCUAUCAUUUGAAGAGCAUUACAAGCGACAUUAUAGGAGAUACGAAUGUGUGGAGUGCACUAACAGAUACAACAAUGUAUUCUCAGCACUGAAACACUACAAGGAAUCUCAUGGCCAUGUUGACAUGAACUUUAAAUGUAAACUGUGUGACUUCACUACUGAGUCCUAUCGAAGUCUAAGGUAUCACAGAGACAAGCAUCGCAGAGACAAAGUAGAGUGCGAUCAAUGUGGCAACACCUUUGUGAACGCCAGCGGUCUGCGCGUGCAUAUGUUAAACGUCCACAAACAAUCAAACCGCAUCUACUCGUGUAACUACUGCGGCAAAGUGUACCGCACCAAGCAGGGUCUCAACGCACACGUCAGGAUAACGCACGAGAACGCCGCAAACGCAACCGCGUAUUGCGUUGCCUGCGACCUUAACUUCCGCACCGAAGCUGGCUUGAGGCACCACCUCAAACACACAGAAAGACAUCUGACUGAAGAUGCUAAGAGAUUCCCAUGCAACGAAUGCAGCGACAAAUUCCGCACCAAGCGACAACUGCAGGAACACGUGGACUGGGUGCAUCGCAACUGUACCACUCACACGUGCGGCAAAUGUUCUAAGUCAUUCAAAAACGACAGAAACUUGAAACGACACAUGUUGUUCGUACACGACAAGGUGCGACCGCCAAGGAAUAAGAUAUGUGACCACUGCGGUAGAGGAUUUACUUCCAGCCAUAUAUUAAUAACCCACAUCCGCACACACACGGGUGAGCGUCCGCUACAGUGUACGCACUGCGCCGCCACCUUCGCACACAGCGCCGCGCUCUACACGCAUAACAAGCUGUUACACAAGCGGUAGCUGAUGCUGGAACCUGACAAAGAUGACACCAAGAUCAUAGCUGGUGCUGGAACCUGACAAAGAUGACUCCUGAAACAUUGCUGGAACUAGUCACAAAUUAGCUGAAAGAUACCCUCGAGAACUUCGCUUAAAGACGACCUCGAGAACUCCGCUGGAACUUGUCACGGCUUAGCUGAAGGUUGACUCCUGGAACAUUGUUGGACCCUGACACAAAUUAGCUGAAAGAUGACUUCUGGAACCUGACACAGCUCAGCUAAAAAUGACUUCUGGAACAAGUCACAAAUUAACUGAAAGAUGACUUGCUGCUUCUCUGGAACCUGACACAAAUUAGUUAACAGAUGACUCGCUGGAACCUGACACAAAUUAGCUGAAAGAUGACUCCUAGAACAUUGCUGGAACUAGUCACAAAUUAGCUGAAAGAUGACUCGCUGGAACCUGACACAAAUUAGCUGAAAGAUGACUCCUAGAACAUUGCUUGCACUAGUUACAAAUUAGCUGAAAGAUGACUGGCUGGAACCUGACACAAAUUAGCUGAAAGAUGACCUCGGGAACUUCGCUGGAACCUGACACAAAUUAGCUGAAAGAUGACCUCGGGAACUUCGCUGGAACCUGACACAAAUUAGCUGAAAGAUGACCUCGGGAACUUCGCUGGAACCUGACACAAAUUAGCUGAAAGAUGACCUCGGGAACUUCGCUGGAACCUGACACAAAUUAGCUGAAAGAUGACCUCGGGAACUUCGCUGGAACCUGACACAAAUUAGCUGAAAGAUGACCUCGGGAACUUCGCUGGAACCUGACACAAAUUAGCUGAAAGAUGACUGGCUGGAACCUGACACAAAUUAGCUGAAAGAUGACCUCGGGAACUUCGCUGGAACCUGACACAAAUUAGCUGAAAGAUGACUGGCUGGAACCUGACACAAAUUAGCUGAAAGAUGACCUCGGGAACUUCGCUGGAACCUGACACAAAUUAGCUGAAAGAUGACUGGCUGGAACCUGACACAAAUUAGCUGAAAGAUGACUGGCUGGAACCUGACACAAAUUAGCUGAAAGAUGACUGGCUGGAACCUGACACAAAUUAGCUGAAAGAUGACCUCGGGAACUUCGCUGGAACCUGACACAAAUUAGCUGAAAGAUGACCUCGGGAACUUCGCUGGAACCUGACACAAAUUAGCUGAAAGAUGACUGGCUGGAACCUGACACAAAUUAGCUGAAAGAUGACCUCGGGAACUUCGCUGGAACCUGACACAAAUUAGCUGAAGGAUGACCUCGGGAACUUCGCUGGAACCUGACACAAAUUAGCUGAAAGAUGACCUCGGGAACUUCGCUGGAACCUGACACAAAUUAGCUGAAAGAUGACCUUGGGAACUUCGCUGAAACCUGUCACGGCUUAGCUGAAGGAUGACUCCUGAAACAUUGCUGGAACCUACUGAAAAAUAGCUGAAAGAUGACUAAUACUUACUUACUUACUUAUUAGUCAUCUUUCAGGCGGCCUUUUAUUCGAAUAAUUCCGAAUACCUCCAAUACCUCCGAAUGUCUAUGAAUUUCGUCGUUCAAUCGACCACCGGGUCAUAUACACCGCCAAGUGUUAAGGACUUAAAGAAGUCUUUAAGCUUUUGUUAUACGAUCAUCUUUUAUUAGGAGAUGCAGAUUUUGAUAAAGUGGAAUAAUAAAAAAUCAUAUAAUUGUU